AUGAAAAUUCAUUCUGUCUCAUUAAAAGUUUUGAUACUACCAAAUCAGUUGUUAAAUAUUGUAAAUGACAAUUAUUCUUUAUUUAAAAAUGUUCGUGCACAUUUUAAUAUUGUUGUUAUGGGAAGAUCGUAUGCUAAAACAGGCGAAGUUUACUAUAUUCGUCGUUUAGAAUCUAAAUUAGGAGUUUUCAUUUUACAGCUUUUAGAAGCCUUAUCCCCACAUAUAUCUUUUAGGAUAAAACAAUCCGGCUUAGCCGAAUGUGUCGAAUAUUUGAUUCAAUCAUUUUACGACUGUGUAGCUCCAUUAGUGACCGCAUCAUGUCAAACAAAAAUUAGUGAACAGAAUCAUGUUUAUUUACCAAUAUGUCAACAACCAAAAGAUCUUUCUAUAUCGUCCAUCAAACUUUAUACAUGA